UCUUCUCUUGCAUUUUCUUUUUCAUCUGAGAAAGUGAACCACAAUGGCUAGAAUGCUUUCUUCUCUUCUUAUCCUUCAAUAUCUUAAACUGUUCAUAUAUUUAGUGAUGAUCAUAUUAUUAUUAUCGUCAACAUCAGCUUCAGCAGUCACAGCAUCCAGGAGUAGUACGCACACUACCAGUAACGGCAGUAUUGCUAGACAGGGUUGCAAAGAGAAAUGUGGGAGUGUAAGCAUUCCAUACCCUUUUGGAAUGGGUAGUCCAAAUUGUUACCACGAUGAAGCCUUUAAGAUCACAUGUGGCCCCGGCCAAAUUCCCUUCAUACAACUAAGUCCAGCUGCAGCCCAAAUUGCAGAACUCACAAUGGAGUAUAUUCGAUUCAUGGGAUGGUCUCUACCAAAUUGUUACAAUAAAAAAACUGGGAAAAGUGAAUGGCUUGUUCCACCCAGACCAUACUUAGCAGAGCAUUCACCCUUCACUUUCUCAAGUAAGCGCAGUAAAUUAUUGGCGGUUGGUUGUGAUAUCGUUGCCUACAUUCCUCGAAAGAACACGAAAAAUUAUGUAAGCAGCGGGUGUUCAUCAUUUUGUACUUCUGCUGCUUCCGUGGUUUUCAAUUUGACGUCAUGUUCAGGUGGUAACGGUUGUUGCCAAACAGACAUCCCUACAGGACUCAAGUCUUUUCUGAUUCAAGUUGGGAGUAUAAAUACAGUCAACAGGACUUGGACCGCCAAUCCUUGCAGUCAGGCUAUUGUUGUUGAUAAAGAGUUUACCGGGGAUGUUCAUGGCAAGCUUAAUACAAAUGGAACAACCGUACCUAUGAUGUUGGAUUGGGUAAUUGGGAAUGUAACAUGCACUGAAGCAGAAAAAAAUCUUACUUCAUAUGCAUGCGGGGGGAAUAGUUAUUGUAGCGAGUCUUUCAAUGGUCCUGGUUAUCGUUGCACUUGUAGAAAAGGUUAUACAGGAAAUCCUUAUCUUGGGUGUCAAGAUAUCGAUGAAUGCAAGGAAAGUACGAUAUGCAGAAAAGGAACCACUUGCCUUAAUACAUAUGGAGGUUAUUUUUGCGCUUGUCCUCAUGGUUACCUCGUUGACAGUAAAAAUCUAGGCUACUGCAUACCUCAUCACAAGCCGAAAAUUCCUUUAACUUUGGUGGCAUCAUUAGGUGUUGGAAUUGGUAUCCUUACAAUAAUUUUGAUCGCUUUGGUAUCUUGGUCAUGCCAUCGACUUGAGAAAAGAAAGCAAAGUAUACUAAAGCAAAGGCAUUUUAAAAGAAAUGGUGGAUUAUUACUAAAACAAAAGAUCUCCACAAACGAUGGCAAGGUUGAAAAUGCGUCCAGUAUCUUUCUAAAAGAUGAUUUAGAAAAGGCAACUGAUAAUUUUAACCAAAAUCGUAUCAUUGGUAAAGGAGGCUUCGGCACAGUUUAUAAGGGUAUGCUAUCAAAUGGUAGAAUAGUAGCUAUUAAGAAGUCUAAACUCGUGGACGAAAACCAGGUUGAUCAGUUCAUUAAUGAAGUUGUCAUUCUUUCGGAUAUAAACCAUAGGCAUAUAGUUAAAUUGUUAGGUUGUUGCUUAGAAACCGAAGUCCCAUUGUUGGUUUAUGAAUUCGUCUCUAACGGGACGCUCUCAUCCCAUCUCCAUGGUGAGGAUGGUCAUGAAUCUUCAAUAUCAUGGAAAGAUCGGUUAAGAAUUGCCUCGGAGGUUGCAGGAGCAUUAGCAUACUUACACUCUGAAGCUUCUAUACCGAUCUUUCAUAGAGAUAUUAAACCUGAUAACAUACUCCUAGAUGAGAAUUUCAAGUCUAAGGUGUCUGAUUUUGGACUAGCUAGAUCUUUUCCUGUUGACAAAACACACGUAACAACAAAAGUGCGAGGAACACUAGGUUACCUAGACCCAGAAUACUAUUAUUCUGGUCAGUUUACGGAGAAGAGUGACGUUUACAGUUUCGGAGUACUUCUCGUGGAGCUGUUAACCGGCCAAAAAGCUAUAUCGAAUGUGAGAACUGAACCAAAUUUAGCAUUCCAUUUCCUAACAACAAUGAAGCAGAAUCAAUUGUUUACAAUCCUAGAAACUAGAGUGGUUCAUGAAGGAGAUAAAGAUGAGAUUUUGGUUAUUGCGAAGCUUGUGAAGAGAUGCUUGAAGUUGAAUAUUAAAAAAAGGCCGGUUAUGAAAGAAGUGGCUAGUAGUUUGGAUGGGUUGAAAAUAUUUCGAGAACCUUCAAUGAUCGAUGAACAAGUUAAGCUCCUAGAAGAACAAGCUUGUCAUUUGCCGAUAUCUUUAACAAGCAAAAGAUUUGAGAUACAAAGCUUUAAAAGUGCUGAUUCGUGCAUUUUAUCAGGAGAUACAGUGGAUUUUGAAAGCACAAAAUCCAGCGGAUUCGGAAGUACAAAAUCCAGUAGCAGAAGACACUGAGUUACUAGCUAGCUAGUGAACUUUUAAUGUCUUGUUUUUUCUGGUAUUCUUCUGUGAUAUCUUUUGUAAUCUGCAAAUUUGUUUAUCAUUUAAAAAUAUACACAUUACAAGGUUAAAUUACAUUCAAUUUCAUUUUUGUAUAAAUUUACCAUUGUUUGUACUGUAUGUUUCACUUUUUCUAAUGUUAAUUGUGUUUUCUUUCUCA